GUUGCAUUUGGACAAGGGAAUGUGCCAAAGAGAUUCUCUCUGCAUACCACUGUUAAUUUAUUGAGUGUGACUGACAAAUGACUGGGUGAUUUGUCACUUUUUGCCUCAUUUUGGUGUCCGAUGUGGAACAGAAAUUAUUCCAACAUGGUCCACUGGUGGGGCCACCAGUCAGAUCAACUCCCAACUGAGUGUGGACGUUUACAAAUGAUGGUGUCACUUUGGUGAAGGCCCAGCCGGAGAGGUGGUGUGGGCUUGGGUGCGAAAGGAACAAGUCGUAAAAAUCCCCCAGUGCUUGUAGCAUGUCUCUGUGACCGAAAUGCAGAACUCUGCCACCCUCGUGAUCUCCCCAGUGUGAUGACAUGGUGAGAAAGUAAGGAAAUUAGGUGUGGUUGCGGCAUUUUCUCGUAUCCACGCCGCCCAGGACGUUCCACCUCACCAUCUUCGUGCAUAGAGAUGAUAAUUCAGUUACUAUUCCCUCGGACAUGCUCGAUGCCAGAGCACUUAAUACAUCCAGCAAUGUGAUAUGCAAGGGUCUAUUAAUGCAAUGAAUGGGGAAAGUGGAUCGUGAAAAGGCGCAACAAAAACUCAUAGUGAAGUUGAAGAAUUGAAUACCUCUCCCACCAUAUCGAUGUUUGUGGCAACUUGUCAUCUGCAGCCAUGGAAAACCUAAUGAAUUUACAAGAGGCACUAGACGAGCAUCAGUGUGUUAUGUCAGCCCUCAUGAGAGGAUAUCAUGUUCCGCUGCACCUGCACUUUGUUACGCCGGGCACGUAACCAGGAGAUUACUUGAAGCUGCCCGUGUGCUGAGCAGACUGGAUUCAACAUGACCUUAACGACAGUGAUGAUGAACAACACUAGCUUAAAUUCCUCAAACGAGGGAUGUCACAAAGCGGUGCAAGUGUGGUACCCAACUGUUCUUGGCAUAGACUUGGCCGUACCCCAGUGGGAAGCCAUCGCCACGGCUUUGGUGCUCUCGCUUAUCAUACUCCUCACCAUCAUCGGUAAUAUUCUCGUCAUUCUCAGUGUAUUCACGUACAAACCGCUGCGGAUUGUGCAGAACUUCUUCAUAGUGUCGCUAGCCGUGGCGGACCUUACUGUGGCGGUGCUGGUGCUGCCCUUCAAUGUGGCGUACUCCCUCCUCGGCAGAUGGGAGUUCGGCAUCCACCUGUGCAAGAUGUGGCUCACCUGUGACGUGCUCUGCUGCACAUCGUCCAUCCUCAAUCUGUGCGCCAUCGCUCUGGAUCGCUACUGGGCCAUCACCGACCCUAUUAACUAUGCCCAGAAGCGCACGGUUGAGAGAGUGUUGCUGCUGAUCGCGGGUGUUUGGGUGCUAUCCCUUAUCAUUAGCUCGCCACCCUUGAUUGGCUGGAAUGACUGGCCGGAGGAGUUCAGCAGCGAAUAUCCCUGCCAGCUCACGGCGCAGCGUGGCUAUGUGAUCUAUUCGUCUUUAGGUUCAUUUUUCAUACCCCUAGUUAUUAUGACAAUUGUAUACAUCGAAAUUUACAUUGCCACCCGGCGACGACUGCGAGAGCGUGCCCGGGCAUCCAAGAUCAAUGCCAUGGCCUUGCGGAGCACAGGCGGCAAGGAGACUCAGGCCCCGGCACCCGACCAGGAGUCCGUGAGCAGCGAGACGAAUCACAACGAGCACCCCAACGUCUCGGAUUGCACGUCCAAUGCUAAGAGUCUGGAGAAGAGACGGAAGCGCGAGAAGAAGAAAUUGGAGAAGCGCGAGAAGGACAAGGAUAAGAAAACGGAUUGUCUUCUGGAAGCCCCGGUUGUUCGUGAGGACUCCGUCACGGAGAACAACCAGGAAGCGUCAUCGGAGAGCGCAAAGCCGAACGGUGAUGGGGUGACUAUCGCCACUGACAACGACAAGGACAAGGCGAGGAAGGACACCAAGAAGCAAUCAAUGCGUCGCGCAGGUGGUAUGUACCAAUUCAUCGAGGAAAAGCAGAAAAUCUCCCUGUCGAAAGAGCGUCGGGCGGCGCGGACGCUCGGCAUAAUCAUGGGUGUAUUCGUGGUGUGUUGGCUUCCGUUUUUUAUUAUGUACGUCACCCUACCCUUUUGCGGCUCGUGUUGUCCGUCGGACAAGUUAAUCAAUUUCAUUACAUGGCUCGGCUACAUCAAUUCGGCCCUCAACCCCAUUAUCUACACCAUUUUCAACUUGGAUUAUAGGAGGGCUUUCAAGAAACUCUUAGGCAUUAAGACGUAAUAAUCGAUGUUGUAUAUGAAAUUAUGGAUUAUAUCCUGUACAUACAUAGCUCCCAAGAGAUCGUCUAUCCCGCAUGAGCACGACGCAAAAAAGGCACCGGGAAGAGGCUAAUUGAGAAAGUGGAAGCGGGAUAUCGGUGUGAGAUGAAUUCCAGCAAUUUGCAACAUCGUAAACCCACUCUCAGCCGAGCAUAAAGUCUACUUAAGACAGGAGGAGAAUCGCCGCAAUUGCAACUCAUUAAUAAACAUUCAUGAAAGUCAUGGGAUAAAAUCAAUUACGUUGAUUUGCAAUGCAUUAAGGUUAGUUAAAUUGUGAUUUAUCGACGACUUUCUCAUCUGUUUCAUAGCAUUAAAGGAUCAUGUGCAGUGUUUGUUGGAUAACAUAUUCAAGUGUUCAAUUUUCCCUUAUUUUACAGAACAUGGACAGACAAUUUAAUAAACAAGUAAUCUAUUAGUUUUGAAAGGGGGAAUUACUUUUAAAGAAAGUUUAUAUUCCUCGUCAAACUUUCAUAUUGUCGAAGAUUAGUUGAACUCGUUGAAGAACUCUUGUGUACUGUUCGCAUAGAAGACCACUGAGAGUACUUUAACAAAGCCUGUGUAUGCCCAAAGGCAAUUUAACCGUCAAUUGAAUGUAAUUUUCACUUGGAUUCACAGCUUCGCUGUAAAUGGAGUUAGUGAGACUUUACAGAAAAUUCCUGUUUUCAGCUUUUAUAAAGUUCCUUUAUGUCUACACAUGACAUUGAAGCAUUUGAGCCACAACUUGUUUAACACUUUAUGCAAUUGUAAAUUAAAUUAGAGUUCUAAAAAGUUAUUUUUUACCACAUAAUUUGCUCACAUUUGUCUCAUAAAUAUUGGAUUUCAUUCUAAUUUAAUAUCUAUAUUGUAAAUACCUCUCUGGCGAGUUCUUUUCAUCUAAGACACACUGUAUGUUUUCCGAAACAGAACUUAGUAUGUAAAAAAUGAAUAAGAGAAAUUGGAUGAAAUACAGAAAUACUCAACUGUGAAUAUAACUUAGAAAAUGCAUUGUAGAGAGAGAAAAAAAAGUUUUAUAAAAACUCAAAAAUGCACUCAUAUCCUAUUUGUUGAUAGUAUGAAAGAGAAAUUUAAGUUUUGUUUCCUGUAUGUAUAAAUAAGUUUCACGAAAGACUGAUAAUUUACUGGAGUAAAUUGUAGAUUUAGAAUUUGUGUGAGAAGCUGUGUUUCAGAUGAAUUUGAAAUAAUUAUUCAAAACAAUCUAUAUAUAAUUCCAGAGAUGUUGUGGAAGAGUUUUGAAGUUGCCAUAUUUUCUUGACCAGAAAGAGAAAAAAUAUAUACAUAUAUGAAAUAUCGUAAAUGACUAUAGGUUAAUAGCCAAUGUGAAUGUAAAUACAAAUUAAAAAUAGUGAAACUAUUUAAUGUAGAGUAGAGCAGCAUUAAGGAUAGCAGUACAUGUUGAUACUUCAAUCUCAUAGUAAAUAUUUAACUGGAGAGCACUUAUUAAUCUCUAAAUCAAACACCAAAGUAUAUAAGAUAUUGCAUAGUCUAUUUAGAACGUGAGGGAAUUAUCCACAAAUCAAUGCAAUUCCAAUAAUAUACUCACUGAAAGAGCCCUAAAGAGUAUAUUACUGAAAGAGCACAGAAUCUUCUCUCGCCGAGCAUCAAACCACACAUCAUACACUAUUCAUAUUAUCAAUCUUCAAGUAAAUGUUACAUGUAGAACUUGUGUAGACCAGAGUCCAAGCGACAUCAUGAUAUUCGGAUUAAUUAUAGCCCUGAAUGUGGAAGAGUAUUAAGUGAAUAAUAUUGUGAGUUCAUGUAAACUUGAAUUAGAAAUUAAAGAAAUUUAUUUUACAGAGAAAA